AUGGCCCGAUUCCGGAGAUGUUCAUCAUCCCUUCUCUCUCUCUCUCUCCACCCCGUGCUUCUCAAGUUGGAAAUACUGUUCCAGAAGCGUAUCACUGACCAUAAAGAAUUUUUUUUUAAAAAAAAGGGAACUUGGCUAUCGCCAGGUAUUUCCAAAAAUACCAUUUUAUGUUAUAUUAUUCGGAUUAUAUCAAUUAAGCUUUGUCAUCUUUUUAAUUGUGUUUAUUUUUUGUUCGAUUGGAAACAGGUAAAGAUAUUGCCGAGUGAAAUUAAUGAAAUAGAUCCCCCAAUCAAACCAAUGCUUUCCAAUUCAUGCUGUCCAAAGGACAUGUCUCUAAAAAUGGCCUCCCUUACUUCAAAAUAUACUCUCUUUAGUACAGGACUGUUCGAUAAAACUUUGUCAAGAGCGAUUGUUCCUUCUAAAAAUCGAAUUUUUAGAUCUCUUAAAUAA